AGUCGCGCCCAUGUGGAGCUGAGCCCUUGGGGCUACCUGCUAUGGCUGCGACCGGGUCGUCCGUGCCGUCUCCGGCGGUGCCGUGUACUGGGGCCGCUGGCGGAGGUACUGGAACCCCCGAGACGGUCGGGGAAUGGCUGCGGAGCGCCUACCGCUUUGUCACCGACAGGAACGACUUCCGGAGGAAUUUGAUUGUUAAUUUGGGACUUUUUGCUGCCGGUGUCUGGCUGGCUCGGAACCUGAGUGACAUUGACUUGAUGGCACCCCAGCCAGGCCUGUAGCUCAGCUGAUGUUAACUAGUGAUACUUCAUUUCUAAUACUGCCUUCCGUGAUCUGAAUGCGCAGUUUCUUGGAAGCUCUAUCCAACCUGCAGCUAUGAUCAUAACAUGACCAUCAGAAGAUCUGCUUUGACUGGCUACCACAAAUCUGAUUCAGACUUGCAACAUCCCCUUCGGUUAUCUUUUUUUCUGGGUCAGUCUAUGAUCAGCCAUAGCUUCAGUCUCUACUUAGGCAUGGUGUGGGGUGUAUGUUGCCUUUGCUCCAUAUAUUGUACAUAUCUUACAAAUCCUUGAAGGUUGAGCAGAUGCCACUGUGUGUUACAAAUGGCAUUUGCUGUUCUCUUCGGUUAUUAAAAAUAAUUUUUUCCUCCUAAAAUGUUUGAAAUAAAGACAGUCAACAAAGA